CCUCCCCCUCCCCAGGAUCAGCAGCCUCCCCAGCAUACCCUUCAACAGCCUGCUGCCGCGGCCCAGCAAGGAGCGCCGCAACCACCGCAGAGCUCUUUUGGAGGAUAUCAGCCUGGUGCUGCUGUGAACGGUAUGUUAUGACUAUGUUUGAAAGACAGAUUGCCUGACCUCUGACCUUGUGAUCGCCUCGAUCUCUAAACAGGUUAUGGACCUCCCCCUCCUCCUGCUGCCUCCCCCGGCCCUGGCAAGCGGCCCCGCGCUCCUCCCGGUCCGGCCACUCCUCAACAGACCCACCAGCUGGCCUACACAUCUGAUCCCCGCGUCUCCUCGCCGCAACUGGCACGCCCCACGCCUCCUAGCCAGGCUCUCGUGCGAGAUCGUCCGGGAAACAUGCUGGCCAACUGGAAUCCUGACGAUCUGCCGGCGUCACAGAAGCGAGAGGGUGCCGAUUGGUACGCCGUGUUCAAUCCCGAGGUGCAGCGCGUGCUGGAUGUGGAACUUGUUCAUCACCUUGUCCACGACAGCGUUGUGUGCUGUGUUCGUUUCAGCCGUGACGGCAAGUACCUUGCGACCGGCUGCAAUCGCUCUGCGCAGAUCUUCGAUGUGACCACGGGUCAGAACGUUGCGACGCUGCAGGAUGAGAAUGUGGACAAGAACGGCGACCUUUACAUCCGCAGCGUCUGCUUCAGCCCUGAUGGCAAGUAUCUUGCGACUGGCGCAGAAGACAAGCAGAUUCGGGUUUGGGACAUCAAUGCCCGGACGAUCAAGCAUAUCUUUACCGGCCACGAGCAGGAUAUUUACUCUCUUGACUUCGCUGGCAAUGGUCGGUACAUUGCGUCCGGUAGUGGAGACAAGACUGUUCGCCUCUGGGAUAUCCUGGAUGGCAAGUUGGUCUACACCCUGAGCAUCGAAGACGGUGUGACCACCGUGGCCAUGUCCCCAGAUGGUCACUACGUCGCCGCAGGCUCUCUCGAUAAGAGUGUGCGUGUUUGGGAUACCACUACCGGCUACCUUGUGGAACGGUUGGAGAGCCCCGAUGGACACAAGGAUAGCGUGUACUCGGUUGCCUUCGCCCCCAACGGCCGGGACCUUGUCAGUGGUAGUCUGGACAAGACCAUCAAACUUUGGGAGCUCAACGUGCCCCGUGGCGCCUACCCCGGAAGCGGAGUUAAGGGUGGUAAAUGCGUCCGCACUUUUGAAGGUCACAAGGACUUUGUGCUCAGCGUCUGCCUGACUCCCGACGGACAUUGGGUCAUGAGUGGUUCUAAAGACCGGGGCGUUCAAUUCUGGGACCCCAUCACCGGAAAUGCGCAGAUGAUGCUCCAGGGACACAAGAAUUCAGUCAUCUCCGUGGCGCCCAGCCCUACUAAUAACCUGUUCGCCACUGGUAGUGGUGACAUGCGGGCAAGAAUCUGGAGGUACGUUCCUACUGGCCUACAAGGCAUUGAUCGUCCUGGUGGCUUUCUGUCUUCUUCUCUAUCAUGAACAUUGUUGACAGGUUCGCUCCGAACAGAUACUCUACCUACACUGGACGGUGAUGAGAAUGAUUUGGGAAAGCUUUGGCGCAAUUAUGGAAUUAUGUUUCUUCUUUUCGAAUCUCCCGUUUCCGAUUUUCUCUGCGUGCCGCGUCUUGUUCGACGUCA